AUGUCUCCAAGAGCAGUUCAAGCUGAGACUCCAGAUGGAGGCCCGCUGGAGCCUAUCGCCAUCUGCGGCAUGGCUUGCCGCCUUCCUGGUGGUGUUGACUCUGAAUCGUCUUUCUGGAAAAUGCUAGUAGAAAAGCGCACAGGACAGACAGCCAAAGUUCCUGAAUCCCGCUUCAACAUUGAUGCACACCUCCACGAGAAUCUGAGCCGCCCUGGCUCAUUUAACGUCCCUGGCGGUUACUUUCUUGACAACAAACCAGAAGACUUCGAUCCAACUUUCUUCAACAUCACUCCGGUGGAGGCGCAGUGGCUGGACCCACAGCAGAGGAGGAUGCUGGAAGUAAGCUACGAAUGCUUAACUUCUGCUGGCCUCACUUUGGAUGAGAUCUCUGGAACAAACACAGCCGUGUAUGUCGGCUCUUUUACUUCUGACUACCGUAAGUUCUUCAUAUUCAUGUCAACUCGAGAGCCUGACUUCCGCCAUAACUAUGCAGCAACCGGUGUCGAUACAGGAAUCAUCAGCAAUCGCAUCGGAAACACGUUCAACUUGAAUGGGCCAAGCUUCACGAUAAACACGGCCUGCUCCUCUUCGGUAUACGCUAUUCACAACGCUUCCCAUGCACUUCGAGCACGCGACUGCGAUGCCGCAAUUGUGGGAGGUGUCAACCUCAUUAUCACCGUCGACCAGCACAUGAACACGGCAAAGCUGGGCAUUCUCUCCCCAACAUCCACUUGCCACACCUUCGACGCGUCUGCAGACGGCUAUGGUCGCGCCGAGGCUGCCGGCGCCAUCUAUCUGAAGCGCCUCUCCGACGCGAUCCGCUGCGGUGACCCGAUCAGAGGUGUAAUUCGCGCGACGGCCGUAAACACCAAUGGAAAGGUUCCAGGCAUGGGCAUCACGCACCCUAGCGUCAAGGGCCAGGAGCGGGUUGUUCGACUAGCUUAUGAAAAGGCCGGGUUGGACCCCAACCAUACAGCUUACGCCGAGCUCCAUGGAACUGGUACACCUGUCGGAGAUCCGAUUGAGGUGCGAGCCAUAUCGAACGCCUUGAACGAUACGCGUUCGAAAAAAAAGCCCUUGAUCAUAGGAGCCCUCAAACCAAACAUAGGUCACAGUGAGGCAGCGAGUGGCAUUUCCGCUGUGAUGAAGGCUGCUCUGAUGACAGAGUCCGGUGUCAUCCCUGGCGUCGCCCUUCUCAAUAAGCUAAACCCGGCCAUCCAUGAGGAAGAAUGGAAUGUCAAAGUCAACAGGGAAACGUCACCAUGGCCGAGCGAGUUUCCUGUCCGUCGGGCCAGUGUCUCGUCCUUUGGUUAUGGCGGCACCAACGGCCAUGUUGUUGUUGAAGCUGUUGAGUCUCUGUACCCAUGGUAUCGACACGCCAAGUCGAAGCGUGACGCGCAAUACGACCAUUCCACCAAAAGGCCGGUUUUGGUUUGCUUGUCUGCGCACGACAAGCCAACACUUGGACGGGUUAUCAAGAGCAUUGCCGGAGUUGCCGCGGAUUACUACGGAAUUGACCUAGCCCAUACCCUUAACCUACACCGCACUGCUUUCAAUCAGAGGGCAUUCACCGUACUUCGUGAGGGUCAGGAGGCUAUCGCCUUCGACGCAAAUGCUGAUGUUGCCGUACUCCGGACCGGAGCUGCUCCGGCUGCUGGGAAAACGCCCGAACUGGCUUUUAUGUUCACUGGUCAAGGAGCACAAUGGGCCGGAAUGGGUCGAGUGGCCAUGUCUGAGUUCCCCAUUUUUGCAGAAGUCAUCCACAACUUGGACCGGGUUCUUGGCAAGGUCACGCCUGUGCCAUCCUUCAAAUUGGCCGACGUGCUCCUUGAUGACCCAGUCAAUACAGAGAAAUUCAUCAAUCAGCCUGAUGUGGCACAGCCGUUGUGCACAGCGAUCCAGAUCGCCAUGGUGGACCUGCUCUCCCAAUGGGAUAUCGAGCCCGUUGUGAGCGUGGGACACUCUUCCGGAGAAAUCGCAUCCGCCUACGCCGCAGGCCUUAUCAGCGCUCCUGAGGCCAUCAUCGCCGCCUACUGCCGUGGAUAUUCCGUCCAGUGGCAUUCUGGAGCAGGCUCCAUGUUGGCUGUUGGUCUGGGCGCCGACGAAGCGAGUCUCUCCCUCCCAAGUGACGCAUCCGAAGCCUGCAUCGCCUGCGAGAACUCGCCUCAGAGCGUGACUAUCAGCGGUCGGAGCGAAGCCAUCGCGCAGUUGCGAGACUCAUUUACUGCCAAGGGUGUUUUCGCUCGUGAGCUCAAGACCGGUCGCGCCUACCACUCGCCUCAUAUGGCUGACGUUGCCGUCGCCUAUGAGGCUCUCCUCGAGGCCUCGUUGAAAGUCCUGAGUGAAGAGGACCGACAGUGGCAUCGUGAGCGAUCUGAGAUGAUUUCAUCUGUCACCGGGGAGCGAGUGAUUGGCAACCACUUGGCGGAGGGCUACUUCAGCAUGAAUCUGCGCCAGAGAGUGCGGUUCAGCGAAGCCGUCCAGAAGAUUGGCAACGACGAUGCUUUUUCAAAGGUCAGGGUAGCAGUGGAAAUUGGCCCACACUCGGCGCUCGCUGGCCCCUUCAAACAGAUUUGCAAAGCCGGCAAGUUCGAACGCUUCACCUACGUCCCGUCUAUGGUUCGAAAUAAGGAUGAUGCCGACCAACUCCUCUCCGUGGCCGGCUCCAUGUUUCUGGUCAACUACCCACUCCGAUUGGAAGAGGUCAACGCAGCCGCGUACGACGAACAAAAUAAGUCGGGAUUCCGCAAGCCUAGAACCCAGUAUUUGUUGGUCGAUCUACCUCCCUACCCAUGGAAUUACGAGAAGUCGCACUGGGCUGAGCCGCGAGCGAGCGCCGAGCAGCGUCACAGAGAGUAUCCGAGGCACGAUCUUCUUGGUAGCCGCAUUUCGGGUCUCUCGUCCGGAAUGCGUGCGUGGCGCAAUGUGCUACGGGUCAGAGACGUCCCGUGGCUUCGUGACCAUAGCCUUGGCGAGAGCGCCAUUUUCCCGGCGGCGGGAUAUAUCACGAUGGCUAUCGAGGCGGCACGGCAGGUUCAUGAACAUGAUGGCGAUGGCUUGAGCCGUACUGCCAGCGGUGUCACGCUCCAAGAUGUUGACAUCAAGACAACUCUCAAUAUUCCCGACAGCGAGGAUGAAGGCGUGGAGACAUUGUUGACGCUUCAAUCCGCAGACAGCACUGGGUGGUAUUCCUUUACCAUUGAAUCGUGUUCCAGCGCUGAUCGGUGGACUCUUCACUGCGAUGGCCGUGUUCGUGUGAACACUGUCCCGUCUGCCUCUCAGCCAAGGCCUACUCCAGUUGAUGAGAAGGUCCUUGGGCAGCAGGUGUCUGGAAAGCGCUGGUACGAGGCCUUUGAACGCGUUGGCUUCCACUAUGGCCCUUCGUUCCAGCAAUUACAACGCGUACACACCGGACGCGAUUUACAUCAAGCAGCUGGCGAUGUCAUAGUGCGGAAUACUUCUGGACUGAUCCAAGGCGAAUCGCGUGCCCUCAUCCAUCCCUCGACCGUCGACGCCUGUCUCCACCUCGUCAUUAUUUCCAUUCAUGCUGGGAAGUACAAAGAGAUGCCCUGGGGCGUCGUUCCCACGCGUAUCGAGGAGGUAACCAUCGUGAAUCCAGAACCCAGUGACGUCGGUCCUGCUACCGGCCGCGCCGUUGCCUGGUCUGAGGCUUCGGACAGACGGCACUUCAACACUAACGUCCAGCUGGUAAGCCAGAGCAAUAAGCCGCUUCUGGAAAUCCGGAAUCUCACCUGUGUCGCGUACGAGGCAGCCGUUCCUGUGUCAGCAACUGAGGUUGCACCGGUUGCUCCCUUUUCGACUUCCAUCUGGAAGCCUGAUGUGUCCAGAUACUCUUCAGCCGAUGGCAGGCGAGAAGCGUGGACCAGCAAAGAAACAAAUGAGCCACUGGGCCAGCUGGUUGAGCUCGUGGCUCAUCGCAAACCUGUCUCCAGUGCUCUGAUCACUGGAUCGCCAGCUGCCGAACUUGUCGACAUUAUCUUGGAUCAACUCCCUACCUCUACGACUGUCAAGAUCGGCUUUGUCGGAGAUGAAGCACCCACUGUUUCUCAAACAGCUGAGGCUCGCGUUAUCAAGUUCUCCCUGCCACCGAAUCCUGAAACUUGGAUUCCCGAGCUCAAAGAGGAAACGUUCGAUCUGAUUUUCUCCGACUCGGACCCAAAACUGCUCAUGCCGCUCGUUAAUGAGGAGGGAUGGGUUCUUGGCACUGUCUCCGAAGCUUCGCCAACCCCUUCUAUGGCCAUUACAACAGGGAAUUAUUUCGCACUGCAGAAGGCAGUCGUCAAGCCUGACACUUCCGAUGUUUUUGAGCCACAAGUCCUACUCUUGUCUUUCAAAGACGUCGAUAGCAACUCCCAUGCACUAGCCAAGGCGCUAGAAUCGUCAGGAAGCAGUGUUACCCAUCAGGCGUUAGUCGAUUGCACCUUGAGUUCGAACGUACAUGUCAUCGUUGACGAUACCGAUGGUUACUUCUUCUCUGCUUUGGAUCGAGCGUCCUUUGACGCCCUCAAGAAAUUGUUUGGCGCUGCUGUUCCUGUCCUGUGGCUCACUAAAGGCGUCCAACAAGGCCGCUCCGCCACCGGCGGCAUGGCCGGUGGCUUCUUGCGUGUUUUGUGCUCAGAGAUGGCUGCUUCACGAAUUGUCCUUCUGGAUUAUGACGAGGAAGAGUCCCUGGACGUCGUGAGUCGCGAAGCCAUGGAGCUCGUGAAGAAUGCAGGAACACGGGAUUCAGGCAACGAUACCGAGUUCUGGCUACACAAGGGCGUGUUGCAUAUCUCGCGACUGGUCCCUAAUGACGUCUUGAACCGCCAGUUCGAAGGUGGCACUCAGACUUAUGAUGAUCUUCCACUUGCCACUUAUCAAGAAGGCCAGCCGAUGAGAGUACGUGUGCUAGAUGGGGGCGACCUUGGUCUCGAACCGCUUAUUCAAGAAACUGCCCUAGCGGCGGACGAGGUGGAAAUCCAACUUUUCAUGUCGCAGAGACCGGACUCCAGCCCCUGGGGUACGCUUGUGAUGGGAGUUAUUUCCAGAACCGGUGAUGAUGUUACCUCGUCUCUCAUUGGCAAGGAAGCCGUCGGCAUUGUCACUGGAGACCUAACGACCGCCGCCCAGACUUCUGUCUUUGCCACUGUCAACUCCGGACGUGAGCCGUUCGACAGAAAAUCUCUUCUCGGAACUUUGGGCGUCAUCGCGAAAAUCGUAGACCUCACACUCAACAAGGCUCAAGUGCUCUCGGGUGAUCCUGUCCUGGCGUUACCCGGGCCAGAGAUUGCUACGAAGCUUCUCGUAAAGCUCGCAAGCGCACGUGGCUGGAACUUGGCCCUCGCUACUCGUUCGCAAGAAGAGAAACAGAAUUUUGAGUCCUUGUCGGUGUUCGAUGGUGUGCGACUUGUUGCCGCGGAUGACAUCGAGGCCAUCAUCAAGCAUCUGGAGUCAAAGAAGCAUGCGGCGGCAGUCUUGGCCUACGACUUCAUAAACACCAGCCGCGAAGUCUGGAGACGCAUUCCGGCUUCGGGUCGGUUCAUGCUGCUGAACAGCGAGACUGGAAAUUUGGCGCCGGAUGCAGCUCCGUUCGCGAGAGGCGCUUCCUUCAUCACAACACCUGCUAGCUCUGUACCUUCGAGACAGCUCUUGGAGCGUUGCAUCGCCGAAAUUCAACAGCAUCAAAGAUUUCUUCUCCAAGAUGAUUUGACUUUAGGUUACGAACAAGAUUGUAAAAUGGGAAUUAUUGACUUUUCCUCAGGGGAAUCAUUGUUCAAGAUGAUUCCUCCGACAAUGUCCUGUUGUCUCUCGGAUGAUGCGGCCUACCUCCUUGUGGGUUGCCUUGGCGGACUCGGACGCAGUCUCACGAAGCGUAUGAUGGAACUGGGAGCGCGCAAUUUCGUCUUCGUCUCGAGGUCCGGAGCCGACAAAACAGAGGCUGCACAGGUCGUGGAGGAGAUCAAGAAGGCCGGUGCUUCAGCCGAUGUCUUCCGCGCGGAUGUGUCCGACGAAGUCGCCAUCAGGAAAGUCAUUGACCAAGUUGUCGCCAAACGUCAGAUUCGUGGCGUUGUGCACGCAGCCAUGGUUCUCAAGGAUGGCAUGUUCGAACAAAUGGACUACGACACCUUUGAAGCCUCUAUCAGCCCCAAAGCGCGGGGCGCUGUGUCACUUCACAACGCACUUCAAGACGUGCCUGGCAUUGACCUUGAUUUCUUCGUGCUGACAAGCUCCAUUUCUGCCCUGCUGGGUAACACUGGUCAGAGCAACUACGGCGCGGCGAACGGGGUUCUCGAGUCUCUGGCUCGAUUUCGAUCAGGGCAGGGUCUUCCUGCGACGGCGUUGGCGUUGCCCAUGGUGCUGGGAGUCGGUGUGGUCGCUGAAACGGACGGGCUCGAAGCGUCACUGAUGCGCAAGGGUCUCUACGGCAUUGACGAGAAUGAGAUGAUUCGCGGCUUUGAAGUCGCCAUGGCAAGAGGGCGCACCAGCGGCACCGUCUUCAUGGGAAUGGAGGCGCCUUGUCUCGGUGCCACUAUCACGUCUGCCGCAAGCGAGGACAGCUUGGACCUCUACUGGUAUCGUGAUGCUCGCUUCAGCCACGUACGAAACGCUGUCGAGGCUACUGGGAAGCAGAAGGCGGGCGGCAGCUCCGGUGGCGGGGAGAGCUUCAGAGAGACAGUGAAGGUCGCGUUGAAGCAAGAGGGCUACGACGGCGCCGUCCGAGCCAUUGCGAAACACAUCGCGAAACGAGUCUCCAUCAUCUUGAUGAUUGCCGUCGAGGACAUCGAGCUGGAUGGACCUUCGAUUGCUAGCUACGGCUUGGAUAGUAUGAUUGGUGUAGAGAUGAGGACCUGGUUAUUCAAGGAGUUCGGCCUGAACUAUCCGUUCCAGCAGCUGUUGGCACCAACACUGAGCUUUACCAAGCUGGGGAGCGUGGUUGCGGAAACGAUGGGCCUUAAGGAUAAUGAGCUUGUUUGA